GGCAGCGAGUCUCCAGGGAGCCCUGCAAGCAGACGCAAGCCCUUACUUCUUACUCUAACGAAGGAACCCAAGUGACGGUGGAGGUGCAUCCCAAGGAUACCGCCCCACAGCUCUUCAAGAAGCUCUCCUUUGGGAAAGGUGCCCCGAGGCCACCCAGCCUGAGAGGACAGGACAACAGAGGUUUCCAGAGGACCGAAGCCCCACGGCCACCGGGAGGAAAAGACCUGCACGCGUAUCCAUGGGACAAAUCCUCUUUGAAAUCCAUGCCAGUGGAUCUGCAGCAAUUUGAGAAGCUGGAUGCCUACGCAUUAAAAGUAAACGUCACCAACAGCGUUGAGGAACUUGUCAAAGCCCUGCUUAAACAAGCCCGGACAGAUCUGGAGAAGGUCCGAGCCAUCUGGAUGUGGAUAUGCCACCACAUAGAAUACGACGUAGUGGGCUACCAUAACAAAAGCCAGCUGUCGACCAAAGCCAGCGAUGUGCUGCAGGCGGGGAAGAGCAUUUGUGAGGGAUACGCUGAGCUCUUUGAGCGGAUGUGCAGUAUUGCAGGAAUCCAGUGCAUGAAGCUGUCGGGAUACUCCAAGGGGUACGGGUACAAGCUGGGGCAGACCUUUACAGGGGACUCUGACCACACCUGGAAUGCUGUCUACCUCGACGGAAGGUGGCAUCUACUCGACAGCACCUGGGGAAGUGGUGCUGUCGAUGAUUCUUUCACCAAGUUCACCUUCAGGUACAAUGAGUUUUAUUUUCUGACUCACCCAGCUCUGUUCAUUAACAAUCACUUCCCAGACAACAGUAACUGGCAGCUUCUUAAGCCGACCCUGACGCUGAAGGAUUUUGAGAAGAACAUGCUACACAACAGUAAUUUUUAUAUGAUGGGCUUGCUGACCGCCCACCCACAGACCGCGGUCAUCCAAACAGUAAAUGGGAAAGCCUCCGUAUCGGUGGAUUGCCGUUCUGCCACGUUAUUUACGUUUAAGCUGAAGGGAACAGAUGAACACGGUUUAAUGACUUUGAAAAAACACGGAAUGAAGCUGGAUAUCUACCCGCAGAAAACAGGGAAUCACAAGCUGCAGAUCUUUGCCAAGCCCUCCAAAGCCCCCGACGAGGUCUACAGCUGCGUGCUGGAGUAUGUCGUAGAGUGCAAGUCUGUGGACAAGGCCAUGCGCUUCCCCAAGGACCUGCACCAGCCCGUCGGACCGAGCUGGUUCACAGAGCGACAGGGCUUCCUGCGGCCGUCACACCCCAACCCCGUCAUCCACACCAAUGACGGGCGGUGUUCGCUCACCUUCACCCUGGGCAAGGACAUCAGCGUCUUCGCUUCGCUGCACUGCGACGACAGCAGCCUGACCGAGGACGUGAGAAGGCGGCACAUCAUGCAGAUCCACCGCGGGAACCAGAUUGAGUUUAAGAUCCACCUGCCCCACGCAGGGAACUUUGUUCUGAAAAUCUACGCCAAGAAGAAGUCCGACCCUGGCAAUUACGACUACAUCUUCAACUACCUCAUCACGUGCCUGAACACCGAGGUGAAGUGGCCAGCUUUCCCGCAGAGUUACACCAAGUGGCUGGAAGGCUACGAGAUACUGGAGCCCCUCUCCGGGCUGCUGCCGGCGAACCGCAACGUUCAGUUUAAACUCAAAAUGCACGGGAUAGCGAAGGUGCUGGUUCAAGCUGAGAACACUUACCCUCUCACCCAGAGCAGGGGCUACUGGGAGGGAACCUGCAACACCUCGGGAUGCCGAGAGGUGUUUGUGAUGGUGCACGAGAACGCCAACCACAGCUUCUACUCGCACGUCCUGAAAUACGAGGUGGAGACCCAGUAA